AUGCAGCCUCCUGCAGGUGCCUUGCAAGGAACUCCCCAAGUAACCUUCUCCACCGCGUGCAAGUCGGACCUCAGUCGCCACAUGAAACAGCACACCGAGUACUCACUGUUCGCCUGCCCUCACUGCGACUACAGGACGCGGCGGAGCAACGACCUCAAAAAGCACCUCAGGAUCCAUACGGGGGAGAAGCCCUACUGCUGCUCCUUCUGUGGCUACCGAACCAAUACUACAAUACCCUGGGUCAACCCUGCAAAAUGGCUCAGUGAUGCUCGCGGAAAUAGAGACGAGGAUGCAGGCCGGCUGAGUGGAAUGAAUGAAGAUCUCAGGGUCGGUGUGCGACAGCACGAUAUGGCAUCCAAAGUCCCUUCUUCCUGUCAUAAACCCAGAUUCCCCCACAAUGACCUUUAUCUCAUCUAA